CCAUAACCUAAAAACAAAUAUUAUUGCAUUAAUAAUUCAUAAUGUGUCUAUCAUUCAUUCUAUUGCCUUUUAUUCAAUUUAUAUUAUAAAUUAACAAUAAAUAGAUGAUUGUUUGUAUAAAUAUAUUUUAUCUAUUUUCAUAUUAUAUAUUAUUUUAUAAACAUUGUUAAAUUUACCUCACGACAUUUUUCAGGAGUUUGAUAUUAUUAGAAUGUCACGAACGCAAGACAAGAAAAAUCUACGUUGGAGCGAGCCCGUUUUACACCGUCACUUACCUCAGCCAUUGACGUCGGAAAACGAAUCUUCAUCAGUACGGCACUCGCAAUCAACAUCACCAAUGACCAAAUCCUUCGAACAACAGCAACAAAUGACAGCUGGUUGCUGCAUGUGCUGUAACGAGAAGAAGAUUAAAAAAAGUAAAUUAAAAGUAAAGCCACUAGUACAAAAUCUAAGUCGGAAUAAUCUUAGUGGUGAAGCUAAAAGACUUCAAGAGUCCUUAGAGUUGCAGCUUAUUGCAAGCCAAGUUGAUGAGUCACUUGCAAAUGAUAAGCUAAUGGCAUUGAUUCAACAUUUGGAUUUAGCAAUAAGCAUACUUGAAGCUUUACUACAUCAUCUACAGUCGCUUCAAAUGUUACAUUUAUCUGCCAGUAGAAUUUUCAAUUUAGGUCACCAGCUUUCUUCUUCAUCUUCUGAAGAAUCUAAUUUUACUGAAGUUACGAAUUUUAGUUAUCAUCUUCAUCAAGCAGAAACGCACAAGGAAAAACAGUUACGACAGUUAAAAGAAAUAAUCGAAAUUUGUUCGAUAGACAUGACAGUUACCGAACAGUUUCAAACAAUGGUGAAGAAUCAUUUACUAAAAAGAGAAGACAUGAUAAUUGCGGCGAAAAAUUUCAAAAGUUUACUUUCAAAGUCGAAGUUAAAUUCUUCUCAAAUGAAGAAAUUACUUCGGCAAUACGAGUCUAUUUUAAAUAUCUUUCAAUGCAGUCGUCAAAAUUUGGACAUGGAGUUACCAAAAAUGAUGCGACUGCAAUUAAUUUCUCUUUCACAAGGACUGCAAAUGAUUACCCAAUUUUACAAUGACCAAGAUACUAAAUUUACAGCAACAUUGUUCAAAUUAAUUGGUGAUUGUGUAUUGCACGAUUUAAGUAAAGUUGCAGGGCACAAAAUAGAACAAGAUAUUUGCCCAAAGUGUAAAGUUAAUCAGGUGGAUAAGAAAUAAGUGUGGUAUUUGGAUUCUAUUUUUAUUUUUAAAAACGAAUGAAACCUUAUUUAUUGACUAUUGAAAUGAUAAUCUACUUAUAGAAAAAUAAUACCAAAUGCUGCUUCACGGUCUCUACGAGGACAAAUAUAUCUAUCUAAUUGAUUUAU